ACGAUCGCGUGAAGACAACAGUGAUCGGUACGUCAUGAAGAAGUUGCAGACCUGCUGGUCGCCCAUUAUAUGGGCGAACAAUCUGAAAACUGGCUGCAAAGCCGUGGCGUUGUACACAGUGGCUGCCAGCAUUGUUUUGAUGACGUUAAUAAUUUAUCAAAUGUGUGGUGGUGACUCGACGCAACUCUACAAUCCAUUAUUUGAAGCCGACGUUCGAAUGUCAAUGCAAGUGGCUGGAGUUAUUUUAUUAUUGUUUUUUCUACUAUUAAUUGUAUCAGCCAUACUCAUGAUUUAUGGCAUACACGAAGGAGUUCGCGGUUGGUUGUUACCUUGGCUCGGUCUUUGGGCAUUUAUUUUCUCUUUCCAAUUAUUGUAUGGACUUUGGCUCCUCUGGGCGUACUACAUUUAUUUGCAAGUUGUGUUCAUUGUUAUAUGCAACUACCUUUACAUGUUUUAUAAUAUAUAUUGUUGGCUCGUUGUCUAUUCAAUGUACAAAGAACUGGAAGAACUGCAAUCUCCGAAUAUCGAACUUUUGUGGCCAUAGAUCUGACACUCAUGAAGAUACAACUCAUAUGUAUAAAUGUAACGAUAUACUUAUUUACAUAUGGCACCAAAGAGAAAUGACAAAUUCGAAUUCAUAUGCUAUUGCUAUAUUUCCAACACCCAUUGAACUUUUAACAAAGGGUAUAAAUCUUCCAAGAGGAGUGCUCAAAUAUUUUUUAUAAUAUUAUUAUGAAGAGCUUUAACAAUUUUAGUAUUUUUUUAUUACAUGCAUGGUUUUAUAAAAUUUCAAUCAAGCAUUUAUCGCCAAUUUUACAAAAGUUUUAAAAAUAAUACUACACACGGCAUCAAUGUAGCGAAAAAUUUAGAUUAAUUGUAAAUGAUGGAAUUUUCAUGUCUUUGAAAGAUUACAUUAUGACAAGAAAGUAAAGACUGAAAAUAACAUAAAUGCUUUCCGUCCAAUUUUCAUUCUAAGUAAUUUUAAUCUUUAAUUAUGACAACAAUAUACAUAGUAUUUGUAAUCUAUCACGAAGAAUUGUUUUACUCGUAAUUUAUACGUAUUACUCGAGGUUUCGAUAAAUAAAUAUUACUCAAGAAAUUUAUGAAAAAAAUAUUUAUAUUUAAAUUGUAAACUAAAAAUUACUAGC